CACGUCAGCGGAGCGGCGCGCGCUGCGGUCAGCUGACUGCUUCUGUUGGCACGUGACUGACUCCGUGGGCGCUGGGGUCGAGGAAGCCGUAAGGCCGGAGCUUAGGUUCGGGAGGGAUGGAGCGCUGAGCCGUUAACGUCUGCCAGGCUGUCUGCCUCCGUACCUGUUACUGCUGCCACUUCCUCGUUUGGCACCUUCCUGGAAUCUCUUGAUUUUGGAAGAAAUUCCUGUUGACGAAUAUGACUGAGUUCUGGCUUAUAUCUGCUCCUGGGGAGAAAACAUGUCAGCAAACAUGGGAGAAAUUGCAUGCGGCAACUACAAAGAACAAUAAUCUUGCUGUUACUUCCAAGUUCAACAUUCCUGAUUUAAAGGUUGGCACACUAGAUGUCUUGGUUGGUUUGUCGGAUGAACUGGCUAAACUGGAUGCAUUUGUAGAAGGGGUGGUUAAGAAAGUAGCUCAAUAUAUGGCUGAUGUAUUGGAGGAUAGUAAAGAUAAAGUUCAGGAGAAUCUGUUGGCCAAUGGAGUUGACUUGGUUACUUAUAUAACAAGGUUUCAGUGGGACAUGGCUAAAUAUCCAAUCAAGCAGUCCCUGAAAAAUAUUUCUGAAAUAAUUGCCAAGGGAGUGACUCAGAUUGACAAUGACUUGAAAUCUCGAGCAUCCGCAUAUAAUAACCUGAAAGGGAAUCUUCAGAAUUUGGAACGAAAGAAUGCAGGAAGCUUGCUAACUAGAAGUCUAGCAGAAAUCGUGAAGAAGGAUGACUUUGUUCUUGAUUCAGAGUAUCUCAUCACUUUACUGGUCGUAGUUCCCAAGUUAAACCACAACGACUGGAUUAAGCAGUAUGAAACACUCGCUGAAAUGGUAGUUCCAAGGUCUAGCAAUGUUCUCUCAGAGGAUCAAGAUAGUUACCUUUGUAAUGUCACCUUGUUUAGGAAGGCAGUUGAUGACUUCAGACACAAAGCCAGGGAAAACAAAUUCAUUGUUCGCGACUUCCAAUAUAAUGAAGAGGAGAUGAAAGCAGAUAAAGAAGAAAUGAACAGGCUUUCUACUGACAAGAAAAAGCAAUUUGGACCACUCGUGCGGUGGCUGAAAGUGAAUUUCAGUGAAGCGUUUAUUGCGUGGAUUCAUGUGAAAGCGUUGAGGGUUUUUGUUGAGUCUGUUUUAAGGUAUGGCUUGCCAGUGAACUUCCAAGCUAUGCUACUUCAGCCUAAUAAGAAAACAAUGAAGAAACUAAGAGAAGUAUUAUAUGAAUUGUAUAAACAUCUGGACAGCAGUGCAGCUGCUAUUAUUGAUGCGCCUAUGGAUAUUCCAGGCUUAAACCUGAGUCAACAGGAAUACUACCCUUAUGUGUACUACAAGAUUGAUUGCAACUUGCUGGAAUUCAAGUAAAAAUGAGCUCUCCCAGACAGUCCUGUCCUUGUGUUGGUGUAUGCUAACAGAAAUAGGUUACAGUCUGAAUACUUUUACCUCUCUAUUACCCUUUGCUUGCUUCUGACCCCUUUUCCUAGGUGAAUUCUUCCAUUGUGGUCCAUUGUUUCUUUUUAUUGAUCAGGUC